AGAUUGACUACUGUAUGACAGUCUCUUUUGUUCCUAUCACAUACCUCUGUCCAAGAACUGACUAGCAUGCUUUAAAUAUGAGGUAAUUUAGUGGUAUGAUGGCGUCUGAGAUUUAAAAGGAUGCGUGACGGUCAGAUAGUCUGAUAUCUGACUGUCAAAGGUGCUGACACACGUCAGACAGGACGGACCAGUCAGCGACAUGCAUCCUCUGCUGCCCCGUCAAGUUCAACACUCUGCGGCAGGUCUAUAAAAAGCCACACUGCCCUGCAAAUUCAUGUCAUCCAGGUUGUCAGACUUGACCAAACUCUGUCCCCGGAGGGACAUUAAGUUACUGUUUCCUUUAGAAGCUGAAGCCAUGUCUGAAAAGACGGUCGCAACCCAACCCCGGCCCUUCAUCAUGACCACGGUAGCCAACCAAUGGACCUCUGGCAUCUGCGACUGCUUCCAAGACCUGCCCCAGUGUUGCUUUGCCUUUUGGUGCCUUCCCUGCUUCACUUGUAAGACAGCACACGAGGCCGGGGAGUGUCUAUGUCUACCUCUGCUAGAUGCUUUUGGACUCAUCCCACCUAUGACCACAGCCCUCAGGGUGUCAGUACGCCAGAGAUAUGGCAUUGAGGGUACAGUCUGCAAUGACUGCGUGUACGCCUGCUUCUGCGGGCCCUGCACCUGGUGUCAGAUAGCGAGAGAAAUCAAAACAAGGAGGAAUCCCAUUACCUUUGUCCAAAUGUUGGCCCGAUAAGAGCAAAGACUCUUCUUAUCCUCAUGUCAUCAGUGGUAAAACACACAUCAUCAGUCAUCAUCAGCGCUGUCUUGCUAUUUGUAAUAAGAGACUUCUGAUCUGUUUCAAGCACGACUGCUCCUGUGGAAUGUCACUGAGCAGCUGAUUGAAGAUGAGCACAUCAGGGUCACAAACGCUUCAUCACUUGGUGUAAUGACAGAGGAAAGAGGUGAGCAGGAUCUUGACAUCCACCGACAGAUAUUAAUGAGGACGAGCCAGUGACAGUGAGGUAUACUGGUGUACUAAUGAUGAUUCUGGUGAAACUGUAUUGUUUAUUAUUAUAUUAAAAUUUUAUUUGGGUAUAUAUUUUGAUUCUUAUUUUUCCCCCACCACUUCUCAGAUGUUUGUUUUAUAUGUUCUUUUGGAUAAUUGUCCCUUUGGAUUGGUUUUACUUCCUUCAGAAGCACAUGUGUAUAUUCAUAUUUGGGCUUAUUUUUAUUUUGUUUAUGAAAAAGUCAGUGAAGGAUUAAUUUAAUUUACCAUAAGUAUU